GGGGUCACAUGCUCGCAUCUGUAGUGUCCUGGCUUUCCCGUCCGCCGGCGCACUCACCCGGUGGAGUCUCGGUUCCCCUGCGCCCCUUCGCUGCAGCGGCGCAGCGGACUUCCGCCUGUCGUCCGAACAGCUGGGGAGCGCCAGUGCGCUACGCGCCUGCGACCAUGCCCGCUGGCAUGCCCUGGUCCACCUACCUGAAAAUGUUCGCUGCCAGCCUCCUGAGCAUGUGCGCGGGGGCCGAAGUGGUGCACAGAUACUACCGGCCCGACCUGACAAUACCUGAAAUUCCACCAAAACGUGGAGAACUCAGAACGGAGCUUUUGGGACUAAAAGAGAGACAACGCGAACCUCAAAUUCCUCAGCAGUAGAAACCUCAAAAUACAACUAUACUAAGAAUUCUGUUAAUACUAUUGUAAAUUCUAAAUAUGUAUUUUUGUUUAACUUAUUGAAAGUCCCACUACUUGUCCUUAAGCACCUAACACAAUGUUAACUGCAGGAUGAGGUGCUCAGUAGAUAUAAUGGAUACAAUGAGAUUUAAUUAGUUGGCUAAUAUUUCUUGAAAAUUGCCAGAGUUUAUUUCACCAGCUUCCUGAAUGUGGCUUGGAAGGUAGUCUUGACUAUUAUGUGAGAUGGAAUAUUACAAGGUCUUGUGCCAUUACAAUUCCAGUUUAUUUCUCUGAGUAAGCUUUGACUAUAAUGGUGAAUGGAAAUUAUAAAUUAACCAUAAUAAAAAUGACAUUGACAAUGAA